AGGGUCAUCGUCAUGUAGUUUUCCCUGACGUACGUGAAUGCCUCUCAGCUCAGAGACAGAGAUGUCCAGGUUCGGUUCUGAUAGAGCAGUCUGCCCUGCUGCUGCUGCUGAAGCUCUCCGACUGUUUGGACCUUCAAUGGUUUCUUCCAGAUGUGGAACAGAAGGAAAGGAGCUGCAGAUGUUUUCCUCCUCCAAUGGGCACCAUGAAGAGAUGUGGGAGAACUCAGCUUCACUGACAAAGAUGUGAGUUGUUUGGGAGAAAAAUUAUGAAAUUGGGCAACUUUUUCACGUGCCUGAGGGGUCCCCAGUGAUACUAUGUCAUUAAUGGAGGAACAGAAGCUCCUAAGUGAUGUAACGAUGCAGAGAGGAAAUGGGCGCAUAUCUAAGAGGUUCUAGCUCAAAAUGCAAUACAGCUGAGAGGAUGCUGAGGAAAGUGCUGAUGAUGAGGAGGGUCCUACAUGUGAAGGGAGAUGUGAUGUGCACUCUGCUGCUACUGGUGCUGCUCUGUUUUCUGCUCUACACUCGUCAGGUUGUUCUGUCCUCUGGAGGGAGCAGACCUGUCUGGAAGCUGGAGAUCCACGACUCAACUAGCUCCAGUCGGAUCCUGUUGGGAUCCAGUGGGGCCAAGUUGAGAAAUGAGUUACAUGAGUCCCUGCUACCUUCCUGUAUCCCCCAAUUGAACUUCAACCCCCGUCAGUCUAGAUCCAGUUCUGAGAUCAGGUCCAGAUCACGAAGGAAAAAGGUCCCGCCUACCAGGGCUGCUGACAAACUGCCGACUCUACCACCGUUUGACUUCAAGAGCUAUCUGAGAGAAAAAGACAGGAGAAACUUUAAACUGCUUAUCGACCAGCCGAAGAAAUGUCGGAUAAGAGAAGAAGAGGAAGGAGGAGGAGGUUCUGCUCCCUAUAUGCUCAUCGCAGUAAAAUCUAUAGCUGCAGAUUUUGACAAGCGGCAGGUAGUGCGACAGACAUGGGGGAAGGAAGGCAUGUUCCAACCUGGCAGGUCCGUACGCACCGUGUUUCUGCUUGGGAUUCCCAGGAACCGCUCCUCCCUGCCUUGGUGGGAUCGUCUACUGGCCUAUGAGAGCCAAGCCUAUCAGGACAUCCUGCUCUGGAAUUUUGAAGACACUUUCUUUAACCUGACUUUGAAAGAAACACAUUUUCUAGAAUGGGUCAACAGCAGCUGCGCUCAAGUGAAGUUCAUCUUUAAAGGUGACGCUGACGUAUACGUCAAUGUGGAAAACAUCCUGGAGAUGCUUCAAGGCAGAGAACCUGAUGAGGAUCUGUUUGUUGGAGAUAUAAUUGUUAAUGCUAAACCAAUCCGCCGUCGCACUUCCAAGUAUUACGUUCCAGAGUUUAUGUACGGAGGCCUUCUGUACCCCAGUUAUGCUGGAGGCGGAGGGUUUGUGAUGUCUGGACACACAGCGCGAAGAUUAAACUCUGCCUGUCAGCAGGUGGAACUUUUCCCAAUCGAUGACGUCUUCCUGGGAAUGUGCCUCCAGCUGAUUGGCAUCAGCCCUCUUCGUCAUCAGGGAUUUCGCACCUUUGGGAUUCCCCGGCCGUCUGCGGCGCCCCACCUUCAAACGUUCGACCCCUGUUUUUACAGAGAGCUCAUGGUCGUUCACAGCCUCAGUGUCCCACAGAUCUGGCUGAUGUGGAACCUCCUGCACGACCCCGACCUGAGCUGCCACAACAGAACUGGACUGACAUCUGGACCCUUUAAAUGGAGAGGGAGAAUCAGAGAGAUGACAGGAGAUGAGGCGGAUUACGGUGAGAAGCCGGAGUUUAUCACGCACUAGAGCCUGUCAGGAAGCAGAGGUGGAGCCGCAGGUAUCACGCAGCAUUUGAGGACUGAAUAACAAUCCUGUGAGAAUUUUUUCAGCCAAGAUGAUACAUCAUCCGGCAGGAAAUUAAAUGGACUGGGGGAAUUUUUCCCAGCUGACUUUAUACAGAAACUGAAGGCAUUCGGACAAUAACCUUGCGGACCAAAUAUUUUGCACUACAUUUAUCUACGAAGAAAUAGAAGGAGUUUAUUUUGCAUAUAAGUUUACAAAAUCCUUUUUUUUGCAUUAAAUUUGUAAAGCUGCUGUCACAUCUAUUUUUCUAGGUAUGGGGGUGUAAUCUAAAAAUGCAUUAUGCAAUUGAUGGACAUUUGAUAAUGCAUUGCAUCCUCUGAUGCAUGUGAACAAGUGUUUUGCUCAUGAUUUACAGGCUGCAUUUAAUUUUUUUCUGCAUCAUCAUUGCCAUUUUUCCUUAUGCAUGAACUAAGGCCUUCAAUGUCCACAGUGGGUCAAGUUAAAGAUCACCAAGGACAGCAAAAAAACAAGCUACUGCUCUUAAAUCCAUAUCUCAAGCUGGACUAAAAACUGCAACUAUCCACAUGCAAAAAACAAAUACUCAAUUUGAAAUGGUCGAGCAACACUACAUUAGCAGCAUCAGAAUGCAGAUCGGAGUAGGAAGAAUAAAAAUGGGUGACCGCCACUAAAUCUGACACAAUUGGAAUAACUAAUAAAAUCCAAACUGAUUGUUGAAUGGAGAAAACACAUCAACAUUAAACUGCUGGAAUAUUCAUCUGUAAAAAUAAUAAAGUUUUAUCGGUGCAACAACUAGAGAUUCAAUGCAGUCUUAAAAAACACAAACUGAUUCACAGUCAAACCAUUUCACAGUCACAUUUUAUUUUUCUGUUUU